CGGCGGCACUGGGGCAAAUAUCACAUCAACGGGUCCCCAUCAUUGCCCCGGUGCCGCCUCAACAUCAACCCUCACGCUAUGACAAGUUGGGCGAAUUCUGGCUCCGUCCGGAUCUCCCCCCGAAGGGUUUCUUUUCGGCAAGGAGCUGGAAUUCGCCCAACUCCAGGAGGACGAAAACGGGCCUCAAGUGCCGCCAUGACCGUGACCGACCGACACCAGGUUCUGGGUGAUCUACCGACUUACAUGAAGCAAAUGGGUCCGCCUCUUCCUUGCGGGUCCUUUCAACUUCCUCGAUCCACACUAUUCUUUCAAACGAAGGUUAACUCCAAGCGUUGCGCAUGCAGUUACAAGUCACCAGACCUCAAGUCCAUUCAGCGCCAGGUGCGGCAUUCUCAUGACCAACUGUGGGCCGGUAACCUUGACAAGGAAGACGGCUGGAAUUCUCUAUCAUCGGUCAAUAGAGAUAUUCAAGCAAUGAACUGGCAGGAUUGCAUAAGAGGGGAAGCAACAGUGCAUGCGCACAUA